ACUAGGCUGUCUGUUGUCAGACUACGUUGAAACCGUUAUCAGUACAUCUACAGUCUCUCAGGUGGCGUAUCCCGUCAUCAGAUCAAAAUCGAUGACGUCUUUCAAGGUGUGCCAAUUCUUUUUCCAACAGUGUGGAUAUGAUUGCCUUUUCUGUUUUGUUCUGUUCUGUUCUGUUCCUGUGCAGAUAACGUGUAUAAUAGAUCGAAACAAUUGGGCUGACAUGAGCUCAGAAAGGUUAAAAUACGAGAGGUAAAAAGUAUUUAGCAACAUAAAAAUUCAUUGAAAUGUUAAUCCUACUGAUAGCAGACUGAUAUGACAGAGUACAAAUAAGGAAUCGGAUUUUGUAAAGUCGGUGCAUUUGGGAAGCAGUCAGUGUUUCCUUGCCGAUGUAAUUGACUUACAUUUACUAAAACAAUUUUAGUGAAAAAUUACCCGUCUCGAAUCAGCUGUAAGCCAACUAAUUAUUUGAAAAGCCUUUUAAUAUCAGCCAUCAAAAAUAAGUGUAACAGUGCUUCAUUAUCAGGCUUUCUGGGAGUAAGUGACGAAAGCACUCUGCCACAGUAUGAUUUUAGUUGAUCCACGUAUUCGUUCACACACGAUGUACAGCAAGUCACAUAAUGUUUGGGAACGGGAUUCUCCAGCGAUUUGGUGCUACUCAGAUUAUGCAUACCGAGGAACAAGCAGCGACAGCUGGCUACAUCUUCGAGGCGUCCUGGCAACGUACUGUGUGAGGCCGGUGCUCAUCUACUCGGCAACGAUUGUGGUAAUUGUGUCCGUAUUCUUGUUACCGACAUUAGCUUAUUCCCAAGAGUGAGUAGCUUUCACUGAGUUAAUACUAGGCAGAAAUCAAACCUGCAUUUGGAUCGGUCUUCCGUAAGUCUUGUGCAGAAAGGUGUACAGUAUACUGCUGCGUCCAUUUUCAAUAAGCUACUGCUCGAAUUCAAAAAUCUUAGCAGUAAUCGACGCGCUUUCAAAUGGAAACUGAAGAGUUUCCUCACGGUUCAGUCCUUAUAUUCUGUUGCAGACUUCCCUGAAAAAUUAAACCGAUUCUCGCUGUAUUGUUGACUUUCUUCGGGUUCAUAAAUUUUUUUUUCUGUUAGUACUUUUAUGUUGUAAUUUCAUGUACUGACACGUUCCAUAACAUUGCAGAUUCGCUCCCUAAUUUGGUCCUACGGACCUUGAUGUGCAAAUAAAAAUAAUAAAAUAAAUAUAACAGUAAUGCAGUUUUCACUCGUAAAAUGUGAUCUUCCAAUUAUCCGGAGAAAUUAGAAGGGUUUAGUGACACUGUAAGUUGUGCUGACCUUACUAGAGCUACAUUAGAUUUCCACUUUGAAGGACUGAGUGAGGUGAUGCAGUGAUUGGCACACUGGACUCGCAUUCGGGAUGAGGACAGUUCAAACCCACGUCCGGGCCAUCGUGGUGCAGUUUUUCCGCCAUUUCUGUUAAUAGCUUCAGGCAAAGUCCGGGAUGUUCCAUUGAAAGAGGACGGCCAGUUUCCUUCCCCGUCCUUCGCUGAUCUGAGAUUGAGACCAAACUCUAAUGACCUCGCUGCUGACGGUACGUUAAAACACUAAGCUCCUCCAUUCUGAAAGACUCGACAAUUUCUGCACUGUAGCUACAAAUUAAAUAAAUUGGGUCUCCUCCGUUUCCGAGGACAUCUUGCAGGAAAUGAAGACGCUGAAAGAAUACAGAAAACUUCGAAAAUUGUGAUACCAAAGACUCGGAGCUGUUCACCAGUGGCAGGUAUCUCGGUGUCGUAAUUGACACGCACGGACAUGUUUCGCGAACUGUCGACCGAUGCAGGUACACUCGUCGACGGUGCUGCGUAACGAUAAAGAGCUGCCCCGUAACGCCGUGUUUCAGAAUCGACUACGAUGGCGGCCGGCAAUGAAGCUCAGCACAGCACACCGGUGUACCUGGGCGCCCUGCUGGAUGACGGGGAGGGCGCCACCGUCACACUGGUGGCGGGGGAGACGCGGCUGGUGGUGCACAGGGCGGUCCUCGUGGCCGGGAGCCCCGUCUUCGCAGCAAUGUUUCGCCACGACACGGCGGAGUCGCGCGGCGGCCUCGUCGACGUCGCAGACGUGGACGGGCCGGUGCUGAGGGAGCUGCUGACGUACCUGUACACCCUCCGUGCCCCGCAGCUGGCGAGCCUGGCCCCGCGUCUGCUCGUCGCCGCCGACAAGUACGGCGUGGCGAGCCUGAAGGCGCAGUGUGAGCAGCAGCUGGCCGCUGGGCUGACGGUGGACAACGCGGCGGCCACAGCUGUUCUCGCGGUGCGACACUGCUGCCCCGGCCUCCGGCAGACGGCCGUCUCCUACAUAAAGGGCCACACACACCGAGUGAUGGCGACGCAGGGCUGGGCUGACGCAGUGCGCACCCAGCCAGAAGACGUCGUCGAACUCGGCAAGAUGCUGGCGGAGACGCCACCGGAAUCCAGCACGCCCGCCAGUCCCGGCCCCAGCGCCGCCACUCAGCCUCCCAGCGGCGCGGCUGCCCGCCACACUCCGCCGCCUCCUGACGACGCGGCCGUCUCUCGCCUGCGGAGCCUCUCUCAACGGGAGAGAGGGAGGAGGCUGAUAGAGGCGGCCAGGCAGGGCGCGGCGGAGCAGCUGCGCGAGUUGCUGGCGGCGGGGGCGGACGUGGGGGCGAGGGAGGAGUGGGGGGGCAGGUGGACCGCCCUGCACCUGGCAGCAGGCAGGGGUCACGUGGCGGCAGCCAGCUGUCUCGUCGGCGCCGGCGCGGAGGUCGACGCCAGGACCAGCAGGGGGCAGCAGACGCCCCUGCACUGGGCUGCAGACAGUGGCCGCGCUGGUGUGGUGCGGCUGCUGGUCGACGCCUCUGCUGACCUCAACGCCAGGGAUCGGCGGGGACAGACGCCGCUGCACAGGGCGGCAGAGAGGGGCCGGGCAGAGGCGGCGGCUGAGCUCCUCCUGGCGGGGGCGGACAGGGGGGCCCGGGAUGAGGAAGGCAGGACCCCCCUGGACCUCGCCAGGAAGUACGGAAAGCAGCAGCUGGUGGAUAUGCUGAGACAACGCUGA